AUUUGUCUCACACGGAAGAGAGUGGAGCUCGUAAAUGGGGAAAAAGGCUAAGAAUUUAGAAAUUUAGACUAGUAGUAGUAGAUCUACUCUAGAUCUUGUUUUAAGAAAAGGCUACAUAUGAGUAGAACUAAAACUUUAAACAUGGCUAGACAAAAUAGUUAUUUGCUUUUCCUAGUUGUUGUCUGUUCUUGGGAUGUAUUAAAUGGAGACAUUUUAGAGCUGGAAAGUGUAGGCCCUUCUGUUAUCACAUUAGCCGCUAAUAAAACCUUGCAAGCAUGGACCAAAGGUUCAUUUAAUGGCCUCAGUUUUAUAAAGAUCCAGUUUCAUAGCCAGUUUAGCAACGUCUCGUUGUCCUCUGACAGCACAUUCAGUUAUUCUACAACUAAGUCUGGGAGUAGUGUUGGCAUGAUCCAGGUUCUAAAGCUGCAUCAGCAGAAUGUCACAUGGUACAUUCGAGUGGAAGGAACAGAAAAUGUAACAGCUAUCUAUUAUCUUGAAUACUAUUUCCCUGAUGAUCCUUUACCUGGAGGAUGUAACCAAGUUUUUAAUUUGGAGGUGGACCCAUCUAUAGUUUUAUUGUCUAAACUGAAGCGCACAGAUGUUUGGUUUCAGUGGGCCAGUCUAGCAGUGCCAAUAGGCCAAGAUCCUAUUAACUGUGAACUUCAAAAAGUGCGUGAUUCUCUGACCUAUGAUGUUUACACCUACUUUCUGUCUGCUCGUGAUCAAAGUUUGGAAGAGUUCAUUCAUGCCACCAAGAAAAUGUUGACAACUAAUGAUAUCAUUAAAUAUGGCACAAAGGUUACAUCAGUAAGUGAUGGCCCAAACUCAAAGUCCUUGGUAGCAAUCACAUCAGAACCUAAUCAGGGAGUUGUGUAUGCAGUGAUUGUCACUAGGAAAGACACAGGACGUCAGGCUGCUUAUGUAACUACUGUCACUUACUCCUGCGAUCAUAAGCAAGGAGAAUGUAGUUCUCAAUUGACAGCUGUAGAGAUUAUUGUUCCAAUCAUACUUGGAUUCUGCGGUCUUUUUUUAAUGGCACUAGGUCAUAAUUACUUUAAAACAACUCAGUGUUUCUUUGGAUACAUCUUCACAUCUCUCCUCCUUUACAUCGUUAUCUCUACAGAUCCUGAUCAGGAUGAAACAGUGAAGUUGGCAGUCUCACUCUCUCUGGGUGUAGUUGGAGGACUAUUGUGGUUGCUGUUUUGGUGGUACUAUCAAUUUCCAACACUGUCUGUGUUUUUAGUUGGGCUGUGUGCUGGCUAUCUGAUGUCCAGUGUUCUCUUCUUCACACCGUUUGGCAACAUAGUAUGGUGGAUGACAGAGAUGAAUUACAGUUUGGCCUUUCUCUGUGGCAUACUUAUCUAUACAGUUGCUCUCUUGGCAUAUUACAGACUGCUAUGCAUCACCUCAUGCAGCUUGGUUGGCAGCUUCCAAUUUCUGAUGACCUUUGGAAUACCAUUAAGAUCCAGCUUCAGGUCUAUUUUUCUCAACUCCAUCUACCAUCAAACAAUGGCAGAUUACUUGGAUGUUACAGUUAUCUUCCCUUGCAAUACCCAAGACAUUGUUUUGUUCACAUUUUGGCCAGUCCUGGUUGUUGUAAGCAUUUUCUGGCAGUUCUACAGGGAGCGGCCACGAGAACGAUAUAUCUCAAUAAGACCGAUACUCCCAGUGGCUGAUGAUGAUGUCGAGCAAGACAAUUCUGGAGACUCUCUGUCCAGCCAGAAUGAGACAGCUAGGCUUCUGACAUCAAGACAACAUGGAUAUGGAGCAGUACCAAGAAGAUCAAGACGAUCAAACAAUAAUUUAGUCACAUAAUUUAGUCACAUGAACAUUGAUGAUAAAGAUUUUAUUCCAAACUAAUGGCUUACACUAACAUAAUGCAGUCUAAUUUUAUCAAUUUUUUGUUUGUUUGGCAAAAAAUAAUGCAUAAACACACAUUGAGCCUUACCUAACCUUUGAGUGUUAAGGUUUGGUCCAAUUAUGUUACUAUGAGAGGUUUGAUGAUUGCAUUUAUUUGGACUAGUAUUUUGUUAAUGAUUUUUAUUAUGUUAAUUUUUGGUAACUGAUAUUUUUUAAGUUUACAAGUGUUUGUUUUUUCAUAUAAAUUCGUUAUUGGGGCUUGAGAGUUAGACAGACUUUAAGUUUACUUGCCUUGCUUAAGGAAUUUUUUUUUCACAUUUUGCCUGAUGCUUCAGAAAAAUGGGAGAGGAAGCACACCAUCUGCAUUUUGUAUAAAUGACAAUAACAUAAUAUUUCUGUUAGCAUAAUGUUUCAUGCUGCAUUUGUUUUUACAAUUCAAGAAAAUGAAGUAUAUUAUAAAAACAAAGUUUUUGUUUAGAAACUCAGUAUCCUUGUCUUCCUUCCUUUGUCAUUGCUUAACAAGGGGAAAUUUGACUAUUGUAGUGAUUUUUCAUAUUUCAUCACACCAUUUCUUUUUUUAAAUUAUAAUUCUGUAGAUAAAAAAGGCAUAUACAAUCUAUUUGAGUUCAUUGGACCACAUCGAAAUGCAAUUGUUUUGGUCCUAAUAAUCAGUUGGUUUGAUUUUUACAUGAAUAUUCCCUAGGUUACAAGAUUGGAUGUACUAUUAUAUAAGUAACAUAGGAUAUGUUUAUUAAACUUUUAUUGUGUGAUAUAAAAUAAAGUGAAUGUACAAAAAGAAGUACUGUUUAUGAACUUUGUUUAUUGAACAAUAAAUUUGCAAACAAGUUUUUUCGAGACAAACUACAACACAGUAAAUAAGGUACUCUGUAUGCAAAGCUUAAUAAAAAAAGGUUCUUAUUCAAGUUACUCAUUUGCAGAACUUAUCCAAUGUGAUCUGACACAUUCUCUUGGCAGAGUGCACUAACCAAUAAAUCAUCAUUAACAUCUAUUUCACCAAUAAGAUUGCAUUUGUUUUCCUCCUGUAUGAAAUAGCGGCACAAGUUUCAAAGCUUUUCCUAGCAUUCUGUGUUAACUUAUUAGGGGCAUGACCAUCACUUUCUGGUCUUCUAUUGCAAUCAUGUGUUUCUGCAAUUUGAGCAACAAUAGCAGCAUCCUAAUCGCCAAUUUUCAUCAUAGCAUUGAAGCUUGUUGUCAAUAGGAAAAAAAUCUUCAUAAUUUUCAACCUGUUUUAAGUUUCACAAUAGUGGCUACUUUUCAUUUUUUUGUUGUCACUAUUUGUUUACUGAAUUUUGGUCCAAGUAAGCAUAUAGACAUAUAUAAUAGACUUUGUUUUAGUACUUUAGGAUUUGGUCCUAAUAAGCAGAUGGUCUGAUUAACCCAUGGUCCAAUACACCAAAUUCAAAUAUUUAAUUGCUGGUUUCAAUUUUUAAAACUGAGUCUUUCAAAUAAAUUUAAAUUUGAUAUUAACUAAUUUUGUUUUAUAUGAUUGUCAAUUAUUCCAAUGUAUAUCUAAUAUAUAAUACAUGUAUAUAUUAUUUUUCUGUAAAUGGAUUUUUGUAGGUGCAUAUAAUCAACUUUCAUUCAUUGUAAUUUAUUGUGAAAUUAUUUCAUUAUGCUGCAAUAACUAUUAUAUUUAUAUUUGGGAACAAGAAUAUUUUGAAUAUUACCUCCCUUCAUAUAAAACCCUUUAGUCUUUGAACAGUAGAACUUCACCAGUCUCUUGAAGAACAUUUUUUUUCUCUUAUAUUCUACACAUAAUGCAAUAGAACGUAUGUAUUGUUUACCUAACAAAGGUGGUUAUAAUAUUUUGUUUUGCAUAAAUGUACAUAUGUAAUGAUAUUAUAGUGUAUUUGUAUAAUUGUAUUCUAUAUAGAAUGUAAUCAAUGCUUCAAGUAGUUUUCUCUAUACAGAUUUUUAUUUAAUGUUCUUCCUGUUUGGUACAGAACAAUAAAAAGACAACCUGCUGUAUCGUUUUUUUUUUUUAAAUCUUUUUUUUUCUACUAAUUUUUCGAAUUAAAAUGAUUAUACUGCAGUGUACAAUGUCAACCAUGUAAAUCAAAUGUUAAUGGGGCUUUUUUGUUCUAAAAUUAUUGAAAGCAUUAUUUUGUAAAAAAAAAACUCUUUGUUUUUAACCAGAAAAGUGGGUGAAUGGGUUACACUCAGAGUUCACAGUAACUUGAUCUAGCCGAUACAUGGUUUUCAAUUGUGUGCAAUUCAAAUUAUUUUGAGAUUUGAACAUCACAAACUGUAGAAUACUUUAUGCAAGAUGCACCAUUCAUAGCAAUGCCAAUACAAAAGAGAUGGGGCAUUAAUCAAACCUAUUGAAAUACCAAACUUCUUGGGGAUGUCAUUAAGUUUUAUGUUCUUUCACAAACUGAAGUAAAAGUCUGAGCUUACAUUUCAAGGAAAUACUAUUCAAUUUGUUUUUCUUUUAAGGCCAGCAUGAGCCUUGUAUAAAAUCAUUUAUUUAUAAUUGAUUUUACUUAGGGUUGGAUUACAGCCUAUCCAUGACUUUUAAAAAUGUAUUUUUGCAACCAAUUAAAAUAUUCUUUUGAGUUGUAACUUGAAUUGCAGUAAAUGAUUAUAAUGUGGGAUUCUUUAAAUUACCCUCAGUAUUUGAGGUUAUUUCUAGAAGCAAUACUACUAUGAACACAGCUAUCAUGACUCAUUAAAGUACAUUUUAUUGAAAAAGUCAAGUAUCUAAAUGUUUUCCUUCAUGUCACAUUAUAAACUUUAUUAUUAUUUUUAUCUUCAAUUGUAUGUAUAUGGCUCCUUCUGUCUUCAAAGACAAUGGAGUGCGACCAGAUGAGUCACUGGUUUUGGUUACGUCUUGAGAUGGGGCAGAAUCUGGAGUGACUGAUCAAGCCAAUUCUGCAACGGCAGAGUUUGCUACAGUUCGUGCACAUGUAUAUUCAUCUGUCCUAAAUCUAGCUGACAGGGCAUAUUUCUUUUUCUUUCUCUUGGCUGACGCAGCUUCGUUUCUUUUGCAUUCGGCGAAGUUCGUACCAGCACUUACAGUCUGUCUCCAUGCUAUCAGGUCUUGGGAUAUCUCCUCCCACAUACUUUGGUCAAUGACCGUGGCUCUCAUGUCUCGCUUGCAGAGAUCUCUGUAGGUUAGUCUUGGGCGGCCCUUGGGUCUGGCUCCCUCUGCAAGUUCAGCGUAUAGGUUGUCUUUAGGGAUUCUUCCAUCUGGCAUGCGAGUGACAUGACCGAGCCAGCAUAGUCUUCUCUGUUGAAGGAGAGCAUAGAUGCUGUGCAUGUUGGCUUGUGUCAAAACUUUCUGGUUGGUGACAUGAUCCCUCCAGGAGAUGCACAUUAUGCGUCAGCAGCGUAGGUGGAAGCUAUUUAAUCUGUGUUCUUGGCGCAUGUAAGUUGCCCAGCUCUCACUGCCAUAAAGAAGUGUACUCAGAACGCAGGCAUUGUAGACUAGGAUUUUUGUUGCCGUAGUCAAUUUGGUAUUUUCCCACACGCGCUUGGAGAGUUUUGCCAUUGCUGCAGAAGCCUUUCCUAUUCUUUUUGUCAGCUCAGUGUCUAAAUCUAGGUUGCUGGCUAUUGUUGUUCCCAAAUAUGUGAAUUUCUGCACCACCGUAAGUGUGUGCUUUCCAAUAUGUAUCACUGGUAUUUCUGCGACAUCUUGUCCAGGAUUUCAGUCUUGGAGAGGCUUAUUGUAGGGCUAAACUCUUGACAAGUAGCUGCCAGAGCAUUCACAAGCCUCUGCAAUGCUACUUGUGAAUGAGAUAUGAGUGCGGCAUCGUCGGCGAACAGCAGUUCCCUAAUCAAGAUACGCCGUCUCUUCGUUUUGGCUUUAGGGCGUGUCAGGUUAAAUAGCUUUCCAUCGGAUCUACUACGAAUAUAUACUUCAUCUUCCAGGGAUUUAAAAGCGCCGGUGAGUACAACUGAAAAGAAGAUGCCGAAUACUGUUGGAGCCAGAACGCAUCCGUGUUUUACUCCGCUCUUGAUGGAGAAUGGCCUAGAGGCGGAACUGUCAAACUGUACUGUUCCUGCAUAUUUUCAUAAAAAGCUGACACUAGUUUCCGUAGCUUGUUUGGACAGCCGAUUCUCUCUAAUACGGCAAACAAGCCGGUUCUGCUGACAAGGUCAAACGCCUUGGUCAAGUCAAUAAAAGCUAUAAAGAGGGAUUGCCUUUGUUUUCUGCUUUUCUCCUGUAGCUGUCGCAGGGAGAAGAUCAUAUCUGUUGUGGAUCGACCUGCCCUAAAGUCAUACUGCGAUUCUGGGUAAACUCGUUCUGCCAAGAUCUGCAGCCGCUUCAGUAUUACUCUGGCAUAAGCCUUCACAACUAUGCAAAGAAGUGAAAUGCCUCUAUAACUGUUACAAUCGGAGCGGUCGCUCUUAUUUUUGUAAAUAUGUUGGCAUCCUUCAAUUCCUGUGGGACGAUUCCUUGCUCCCAGCACAAACUUAGCAGUUCAUGGAGUGGCUUGAUUAGGGCAUGCUUUCCAGCCUGAAUGGCUUCUGCAGGAAUACCAUCUCCUCCGGGUGCUUUCCCGUGUGCAAGUAUGUCAAUGGCUGUGCUCAGUUCCUUUACAGAGGGCGUUUCGUCUAAUUCGCUCAAAACUGAAAAUGGUAGGAAGUUAGACAAAGCACUUGGCGAGAUGACAUUUUCAAUCUGGUAAAGUUCUGCAUAGUGCUUUACCCAUCGCUCCAUUUGCAGUGCAUGACCACUGAUGAUUGAGCCAUCUUUUGACUUGAGCGGGGCACACUUGCUGGUGUGAGGUCCAAAGGCUUUUUUCAUGCCCUAGUAUAGUCUUCUGAUGUUACCACAGUCGGCACAAGAUUGGAUUUUUUCAUAUAGGUCCUGCCAGUAUUUGUUUGCGCACUGUCUUGCUAUUCUUUGGGCAUCGUUUCGAGUAGAUCUGAGCGCUUGUAAGUUGUGCUAGGGGUGGGCUCCUUCUAGUAUUUUAGCAUGGCUACACUCUUGUUUCUAGUGUCAGUUUCCAUUUCUGGCAGACUUGCUUCAAACCAGUCUUCAUUUUUCUUUGUUUUGUUCCCAAUGUCCAGUAAUGAUGUUUGGCACAUAGCAUCACGUACGAACGUUCAAGUUUUUUCUACCUCAGUCACUGAGAAUUGUAAAAGCUUCCUCUAAUUUCUUUAUGAAUUCGAUGCGAAGAUCAGAAUUGUCUUUGUCCAUUCUCAUUCAUCUUGCCGAAAAAAAAAAGCCCAAGGCAGUCUGGCCAGGUAAUGUGGUCUGCUCCUACUUUUGCAAUGAAAUCACCUAGAAUGGCCAUUGCUCCUUUUGAGGAAUAAUCUCAAUGGUUUCUUGAGGUUUUCGUAGAACUUGUCUAUGUCUUCCUGAAGUGAUUAUAGUGUAGGGGCAUAGGCACUAAUUAGAGUGACUUUCGAGAUGUAGUCAUCAUACUUAUGCUUAGUAGCCUUUCCGAGCCACCAACUGGAGGGACUAUCGUGGGAAGUAGACUGUUCUUGACAGCAUUUUAAAACAGGAAGUUGUCAAUUUAAAAACUAAAGGAUUCAUUUUAUUUAUGCACCAAAACUGAAACUGCAUUUAAAUACCCCAGCUGAAAGUAACGUGAAUUUUUCAGAACUAUUUCUCUUAAUGCUAUUAGAAAUAAUAAAAAAAAAACAACUGUUAAAUGCCUCUCAACCUUGCUUUAAUUAAUGGCAGU